UCAGGAAGCUACCCCGCAUCUGCACUGAACCGAGAGGCCAGCAUCGUCUGCAGCAAGACGAGCCAUACAUACCGUUACCGUUAAGUUUGCUGGCCUGGUCAGGCGGCUGCCGCGCAUCUCCUGGAUUGGCCCAGGAUUACCCAGGGUUUGAGGGACAAGGCGAGGCUGCAUGCAAGUUGCAACCGCCGCGGCUGGCGGUCAUGACCACGGCAUCAGCAUGACGAGGCCAACAAAUGGGGAGCCACAAACCACAGGGGAGAUUGCAUUGGUGAAAAAAGACUGAGAGAAUAAGAGACUGAGUGAAGGAGUGAGGGAGUCGAAGAGAUCCAGAGAUAGCACAAAUAGUUAAACAGGGGGAGAGAUGGCAUCGCCCUCGCCAUCGCCGUCCCCCUCGCCGUCCCCUGCCCGCCGCGGCUCUCGGCUUGCCGGCGACGACAAGGCCGGCACCGGCUCCGGCUCCGACGCCGCCACCGCCGCCGCCACGCCGUUUCUUCCGCAGACGCUCUGGAGCCUGCAGGUGCCGCUGCACAUCACGCACAUAUCUCAGCCCAACAACCCUUUCCUGGUCUCGGUGCCGCGCUUCAGCUACCUCGCGCUGCUGAUCCCGCGUCUGACGGCCUACUAUAACGGCGAGACGUGCUCGAGCUUCCACCACGAGGAGGUCCACCUGCGCAAUCUCGCCGUGGGCCUGCUGGUCGACCUGUACCAGCCGGCGCUGCCCUGGCGUCUGGUUGUUGCUGAUGGCCCGCAGUGGGACAUUGGCGACACGUUCACCAACUCGGCCAAGGAGGCGGAUUUUGUCCGUAAUGGGAAUGCAAAGCAGAUCAUGAGCUUGUCCAAGGAGCAUAGUACCGCGUUGUGGAAUGCCGUUCAGGAUAACGACUAUGCCUCCUUCAGCAAGAUCAACAACCGUCUCCUCAACCCACCCACCCCGCUCAAAAACGUCCCCAUCCGCAUCUACAUCCCUUCCUCGCCUAAGGACACGGAUGGCAACGGGUCCACGCCGGGCUCCUUCAAAGUCGUGCAAACCUUGAUCCCGCCACGGUUACCCAACAGGGCUCCGCAGACGCUCGGCGCGGCACUCAAGACCCUUCUCCCAGACCUCUUCCCAAGCAGCCGGGAUCCCAUCCUGGCCAAUGUCAUUCUCCACGGCGGGCCGGUGCCGUUCCGGGCCCCGCUCGAGGAGCUGAUGCGCGAGGCGGCCUACCCGGACGGCUGGUUGUGUCUUGUUGUGGUUCUUUUGUGAGUAUUGAGUGAGUGAGGAAGGUCGGGCUAGGGAGGAAGUUUGGAUUGGGGUGUGAAAGGGGGAGGGGGUUCGAGGGGUGGUAGCAGGGAGCAAACAACCACACAUAGAUAGACAAGACAGAUAGUACGCAUGUCCAGCGACCAGGACUUGCUUCGUUUUAUAAAUCAUGACACAGAAAAUGGCGGCCGGGCUGUGCCAUGCUACGGAUUCACGAUUACAUACAUACAUACAAUGCCUACCGAGAUGCUUGUGGUCAUGGUAUGUUGCCUGGCCCCAGAGGGAAGUAUGGAU